GACAUAGCAAAUAGCAUUAAUUAGACUGUAAUAAUAAAUUUUUAGACCCGCUGUCUUCUCUAUGAUUCCUCCCCACCUCGUCCCCCCUCUCCAUAAAUACCCCCACCUUCUUCCCGCUUUCCUCAUUCGCUCCCAUCUCCAUACUCACACACACUUCUCUACUCUCUCUCCUCCUCUCUUUCUAACCAACAACUCAAAAUGGCAAAUCUGGAUGUGCUCUGCAUUAUAUCUCUGUUUUCUCUGUUCUGGGUAGUUAACGCAAGAAUCCCCGGCGUUUACACCGGUGGGUCAUGGGAGAGUGCUCAUGCUACUUUUUAUGGCGGUAGCGAUGCCUCUGGUACUAUGGGUGGUGCUUGUGGGUACGGUAAUCUGUACAGUCAAGGGUAUGGAGUGAACACAGCAGCAUUAAGCACAGCACUUUUUAACAAUGGCUUGAGUUGCGGCGCUUGUUUCGAGAUCAAAUGCGCAGAUGAUCCUAAAUGGUGCAAUCCCGGUAGCCCUUCCAUUUUCAUAACCGCCACUAACUUCUGUCCUCCUAAUUUCGCUUUGCCUAGCGACAAUGGUGGCUGGUGCAACCCACCUCGCCCCCACUUUGAUCUCGCCAUGCCCAUGUUCCUCAAGAUCGCUGAGUACCGUGCAGGAAUAGUCCCGGUUAAUUUUCGCCGGAUACCUUGCAGGAAGCAAGGCGGGAUCAGAUUCACGAUCAACGGUUUCCGUUACUUCAACCUGGUUUUAGUCUCCAACGUCGCAGGUGCAGGGGAUAUCGUGAAGGUUAGCAUCAAAGGGUCAAAGACAGACUGGUUAAGCAUGAGCAGAAACUGGGGCCAAAAUUGGCAAUCCAAUGCAGUACUUGUGGGCCAGGCUCUCUCGUUUAGAGUCACGGGCAGUGACAGGCGUACAUCAACCUCAUGGAACAUCGCACCCGCAAAUUGGCAGUUUGGUCAGACCUUCACGGGAAAGAAUUUCCGCGUCUGAUUUUUACCCUUCCAAAAUAUUUUUUUUUUUCAAAAAAGAUUUGCAAGUUUUAUAAUUAAUAUAUAAUAUAUAAUUAUUGCAAGUGCUUUUCCCGCCUUCAAUUUUCCUUAAUUUUCUCGGGAAAAUUUGAAGUUGGGCGCGGGAAAAGGUAAAGAAAAUAGAUAAUUUGGGGAUUCUUGGUUAGGGUUUAAUUUGAGUAGGGAGAAAUUAGUAAAAAGUGAAUGUGUCUAUGGUAAAACUUUUUUAUACUAUGGACUUUUUGUGAGUUGUUUUUUUUUUUUUUUUUUUUUUUUUUUUU